AGAGAGGGACUGACAAACCAAAGGACACGACAGAGAUGACUCGGAUGGACAAAGGCAAACCUCGGCCACCCUGUCACCGGAACCGCAGCGCGAUCACAAAGGACAUCAAAAGGUGUGCAUGAGAAUAAAUGCUGUGAAAUCUGGAGGAGAGCGUCAGGGAUCCAUGCUCCUGCAGAGAACGGACCUUGUAAGGGUCAACAACACUAUUGUCUGCCUACAGAGAACCAGAACUUUUUGGACUGAUCUGUUUGAGUCUACCCUCUGAGACAUUUUGCUCAACAAACUCAACCCCAAACAAACCUAAGGAGCAAUAGAAUAAAAAGCUGCUGAUUUUUUUUCCAUCCAUGGCGAGCAUUUGGGUCUCUGUACUGGGAACCAUCUGCAGCUCCAAGACUCUGUUCCUGCUGUUUUCAACGCUGCUGCUCCAGGGGCCCCUCGGUGGACAAAGCAGCCCCAUUUCCAAUACCCAUCGGAGGCAGCGCCCUGCACCGGGGCUGGGGGACGGACAUGGAGGGGUGGUGGAUCCAUCGCUGCUGGAGCAGGACAGUAACAUGAACAUGCAGAGCCUCCUGGAGAGCCUGAAGGAGCAGUUUCUACGGACUUUCAACCUGUCUGGCGUGGGUCCUCCUCCACUGCCGCCUGGAAGCACCCGGGAAGAGCCUCCUGAGUACAUGAUGGAGAUUUACAAUCGCUUUGCUAACGACCGCACCGCAAUGCCCACUGCUAACAUCAUCCGCAGCUUCAAAAACGAAGGUAACAAUCCUCCUCCUGUCAUAUAUACACUCUUUUUUUCCUGAUAUUCAUUUAAAUUUAGUUUGUAUUUUACUCAUCAGACUUUUGGUUCCCUGUGCAAAAUAUUCUGAAUUGGGUCUUUCUGAAUAAAUGUAGUUUGAUGAAGCUUUUUAUAUGAUCAUGGAAUUGCACAAAUAAUAAGUAAGUGGGUUAAAUCCAAGCUUUAGUCUUGACCUCGAUUCCUGCACUUCCCAUUACUGCAUAUUUUUCAUUUUGAGAUGCUCCUCCUUACAACUUGAUAGAAAGAUGUUAUGAGUUUGUUGCAAACUCUGACUGAAAACCUCUUUAAAAGAUUGGACUAAAUGUACAGAAGUCGAACUAAAACUGUUUUUCUCUCCCCAGACUCAUCCCCGAGUGUUAUGGGUGCAGGAGGAGCGAGAUGUCACCCACUCCUCUUCAACGUUUCAGUCCCCCAUCAUGAACGCGUCACAUCGGCCGAGCUUCGCCUUUACACCCUCGUCCAAACCGACCGCCACCUCUAUGCCGGGGUGGACCGGAAGGUCACUAUUUACGAGCUAGAAUCCCACGAUGAAGAUGUUAACUCCACUGAUGAGAACCCCGUGAGAGGUGACGCAUUCAGAGGGGGAGGGGAGCGCAUCGAGUUGGUGGAGUUGGCUUCUCGGCAGGUCUACGGCACAGAUAACGGCUGGGAGGCUUUUGACCUCACGGCUGCCGUUCAGCGCUGGCGCAAAUCCGAUCUUGGGACUACCCAUCGGUUGGAGGUGCGCAUUGCUAGCAUGGCUACAGAUGACAGCGAGGGUCUAACAGAGAACAAAGAUGGGAAACCACCUGAAGGAGACAUGAAGAUCGACAUCAGCCCCGAUGAAAAGCACAAACCUCUGAUAAUUGUUUUCUCCGAUGAUCAAAGCACCGACCACCGCGAUGACAAACGUGAGCUGAACGAAAUGAUCGACCACGAAAACUCGAAUAUGGUUUUGGAUGAUGACUUGGGGAUGGGCCUUAAUGAGCUGUGGGGAGAGCUGGGGAGGGACAACGAAAACAGAGCCGAAGAAGACGAGCCUGAUGAGGAAGAUCUCAUCCAAAUGCGCUCCAAUCUUAUCUACGACUCAGCGUCCCGCAUUCGCCGAAACGCAAAGGGAAACCACUGCAAGAAACAGUCUUUGUACGUGGAGUUCAAGGAUAUCGGGUGGGACAGCUGGAUCUUGGCGCCCACUGGUUACGAAGCCUUCGAGUGCAGUGGCAUUUGUUCUUUUCCACUGACUAAGCAUGUCACGCCCACCAAGCAUGCCAUAGUCCAGACUCUGGUCAACAUCAACAGUCCUCAGAAGGCGGCGCGGGCCUGUUGUGUUCCCACCAAGUUGGACCCCAUUUCCAUGCUGUACCUGGAUGACACAGGCGUGGUCACCUACAAGUACAAGUUUGAAGGCAUGGUGGUGGCUGAGUGUGGCUGCAGAUAGUCCAUGCUUUAAGGACGGUUGAACUCUUUGUAGAGUCUUACUUUAAGAGGAAAGAGACAGAAAUCAAUAAAACCUGGAAACUGGUCUUGGCCGGAACUGUUUUCAGCAAAGGGAUGUUGCUCAGACCCUUGCGAGGGCGCCACACCGGUGACACAUGAAAGUCUGUGUCACUAAAUAACAAUCACAGAAAAAAGUUCUUCAUCAAACUUUGCCAAAGGCAUGUGGAGAGACAGUGUGACGCCAAGGUAUGCUCAUACCUUCAAGAAUAACGAGGACUAAAAGUUCCUGAAGGACCUAACCAAGCGCUCCCUGCAGUGUGUGCGGCCUUGUGGGAACCAGUGGGCCAGUUGUCCCCCUCCCUUUGACAUCUGUCUUCCUCUCCACUUAUCUCUGGCCUCCCCACUUGAUGCAAACAUUAAUCAGCACUUCAUGUGUCCCGGCGCAGUGACAUGACCUCCCUGAGGCAACCUGACAAGACAUGAACUCUCCAGGCCCACCUCCUGCCUCCUGAUACGUAGGCGCUGCUCAGAGGUCUUAGUGGCAGGGUUAUCUACCCCAACUCUGUUUCCCACUUCACAUGCCUCUUUUCCACUCCCUCGAGCAGCAGCGAUAGCAAGGUGUGGGGGGUUGAGAAACAUGUAUGCCACCACUCAGGCUUAGAGAACUGGAUGCCCUUCUGGGUGGACUUUGGGAGGUGGAAAGGGGGGAAGCGGACGGGACAAGGGGUGCGGAAGUUGCCCCACAUUCCUCGGUAACAUAAUAUCUCUCACUCCUCAGACAUGUCGUCUAUCACCUUUAUGGUAAUAUUUGUCUUUUUGGACAGUUUUUAUCUGAAAGCUAAACGUCAGAGUGGUAAAUGGGACACUUUGCUACUUUUCUUUGUGGAUUUGCGAGAGAAAUACAGUUCGAGUUUCUUUUGUUAAGAGCCUUUUGAUACCUCUGCUGCUUUAUGUCAAAUAAAACACUAUUUAUUAUUCUAAUUUAUUGUUUUUUACAACAGAGAAGGAAACUAUGUGUGCAAAUUUCCAAGUUACUUGGUGUCGAGCAGGUUAUUAAAGACUUUAUUUUGUUGGGAAGAGAAACGGUCAAUUUCAUAAGCAGUUUGAUAAGUUUCCCUUAAAACGUCUCCCUCAUCCUUACUGUUCCAGGAAGCUAAAAUAAAACUGUGAUUCAUACUGUUAUCUGGUGAAUAUUUGGAGUUCAACACCAUUUGUUGAUUUUUUCUGAAAAAUAAUUAUCAUUCAAAAGAUCUUGUGCUGUCAACGUUUCGUUUGAUGGUUUGAGGAGGAAGCUGCCUGAGCAGUGAUACCAUGCAUUGUUGACGUUCAGAUAAAUUAGCCGGUCAGUAUCAGCCGAGGGGUCACAGUUCAUAUAUGACCCAAACAAAGACCCAUGGGAAACUGAGUGGAAGGCCUACUAAUGAACGAAACGGAUAGCCUGACAGCUAACAGAUGCAGCUGUGAUGGAAAACCUGUCCAUGAAGAGAAAAUGUGAACUAUCCCCAAACAAAGAUUCACACUCCAGAGUCCCUUACAGUUCUCCAUGAAUAUCUUUGACGGUAAAAAUGUUUUUUUUCUUCCUGUACCAACGCACACUAAAAAUGUAAAUAAAGGUUACAGAUCUGAUUUAA